AUGGCUGCUGCCACUAGUCUGCUGUCUGAAGAUCAGUUUCUGUGCUCCAUCUGUCUGGAUGUGUUCACUGAUCCAGUCAGCACACCAUGUGGACACAACUUCUGCAAAAACUGCAUCUGUGAACACUGGAAUAUUGCUGUCCAAUGCCAGUGUCCCAUCUGUAAAAAGCUUUUCUACACAAAACCUGAGCUGCAGGUCAACGUUUUCAUCUCUGAGAUGGUUGAUCGGUUCAGACAGUCAGCUCAACAGAGAGCCAGCAGCGGCAGAUCAGAGCAACAAGCUGCCAAACCAGGAGAAGUUCCCUGUGACGUCUGCACUGGAACCAAACUGAAGGCUGUGAAGUCCUGUCUGGUGUGUCUGGUGUCCUACUGUGAGACUCACCUGGAGCCUCAUCUGACAGCGUCAGGACUGAAAAGACAUCAGCUGAUUGAUCCUGUAGAGAACCUGGAAGGAAGAAUGUGUGUGAACCACAAUAAACUGCUGGAGUUGUUCUGCAAGGAUGAUCAGACAUGUGUCUGUAUGGUCUGCACUAUUUUAUACCACAAAGCACAUGAAGUUGUUCCUCUAAAAGAGGAAUAUGAAGAAAAGAAGGCCGAGCUGGUGAAGACAGAGGCUGAGAUUCAGCAGAUGAUCCAGAAGAGACGACUGAAGAUUCAAGAGAUCAAACAAUCCGUCAAGCUCAGCAAGGAAAAUGCAGACAAAGAGAUAGCAGAAGAUGUUCAGGCCUUUACCAAACUGAAGGACUUCCCGUCCCUGAAGGCUGCUCCACCCACCAAAGACUGGACAGAUGUCAAAGUCUGUCUGCCGUCAUAUGAUGGGACUGUGAAGACAGUUGUGGAUCAAAUGGUGGAGAGACUGAAGAAAAUGUUCACAUACGGUGAGCUGAUGUGGGUCCAGCAGUAUGCAGUGGAUGUGACGCUUGAUCCUGAUACAGCACAUCCCAAACUCAUCCUGUCUGAUGAUGGUAAACAAGUCCAUCAUGAUGAUGCAGAGAAGAAUCUCCCAGACAACCCAGAGAGAUUUUCUAUUGGUCUCUGUGUCUUCGGGAAGCAAACUCUUUCUUUUGGAAGAUUUUACUUUGAGGUUCAGGUCAAAGAGAAGAUGCGUUGGGAUUUAGGAGUUGCCAGAGAAUCGAUCAACAGAAAGAGGCUAUUCAGAAUCAGCUGUGAGAAUGGUUUCUGGACUGUGAGUUUAAGGAAUGAAAAUCUGUACUUUGCUUUUGCUGAUACUCCAGUUCGUCUCUCUCUGAAGUCAAAGCCUCAGAAGGUUGGUGUGUUUGUAGAUUAUGAUGAGGGUCUGGUCUCCUUUUAUGAUGUAGAUGCUUCAGCUCUUAUCUACUCCUAUACCGGCUGCUCCUUCAAUGAGAAACUCCUCCCAUUCUUCUGUCCCUAUCUUAAUCAGGGCGGUAACAACUCCACCCCUCUGAUCAUCUCCUCUGUCCACCACACUGAGUAG